UUAAAUAAAUGUUUUGAACCGAAAUUUGAAUAUUUUAAAGCCGUUAUAGUCUGAUCAGUAAGUUAAGCUAUAAGUUCCUUUCCCCAUGUUAUUUAGUCAGUUUAAGUCUUCAUUUCAAACUUGAAAAACGUCUUUUUAACAUAAACUUGCAGCAUAAAUAAAAAAAUUGUUAUUUUGUGUGAAUUAGAGUAGAAUAGUGACAAAAUGUUUGAGGAGAUUGAAGAUGAGAAAGGAUAUCGAUACUUUUUAAAUCGUGAUGGAAAGAAGCAAAAAGAAUGUCCAAUUUUAAUAAGCAUUAUUAAAAAUAUAAAGGCAAAUUUUCAUGACAUUAAAUACAGCACAUACCGAUGUGUUGUUAAACUCAAAAAAUUAAAACGUGAAUUAUUCACAUAUUGCAUAUCGUAUAGGAAUGUCGUAUCCAUUAUACAAAAACAUAAGAAUGGAUCAACGCAACAGCAAAGCAUAAGCCCUAAACAGUUGACUGAUAUUGUUUAUGAUAUUUUCUACGCGACGCAAAAGGCUGGAUUUUAUUUCGAUAAUAAGGCAUUCCGUCUAGAAAUGGCAGUUACGAUAUUAACGAAUUUUCUAUGGAAUAUUUUUGACUCUAAAAGGAUGCAAAAUAUCUCAUUAAUGGAAUUUAAAUUAACUAUGCUGGUUCUUUGUGAUUUGGAACCACUUAAUACAUUCAAUCAGAUCAUAGAUGCACAUUUUGAGAUGGCUAAAGACUUUAAUCAUUGCAUAACAAAGCCUAGAUUUGAAGAAUUCAUUAAUAUUUUUGGAAAGAUCCUCAGCUAUAUAGGCGAGCCACUCUAUUUUGACCAGAAAGUCAUAUCUGAUAUCCUUGCUGAAGCAUUUUUAAAUUCGCCAGGAAUCAAUGGCAUAUGUCAGUACAACUUUUACAGUUUAUGGACGGACAAAUUAUCGAAAUACACUAUCAUUUUCUUACUCUUAAUACGCUUUAAAAAAUCGGAAUCGAUUAUUCAUCAAAAUGAAUGUGCUGGUUGUAAGAAAUUUCCAAUUACUGGCCUACGUUACAAGUGUCAAAAAUGUAAAGGAAUGUCAUUGUGUUUUAAGUGCUUCAGUAAAGGAUUUACAAAUAAGAGACACUCGUUUGGACAUAGAUUCUAUGAAUUGACAUCAAAUGAAAAGGAACAUGGCAAGAUGUGUUCAAUUCUAUUAAAAUUCUUGAAAAUAUUUCAAAGACAAUCGAGUACGGCAAGCCUUAAUCAGAGUCUUCAUUCAACUCACGAUCAACAUGCUGAAAAUAAUGGAAAUACAAAAUUAAUUGAGGAUGAACAUAUUGAAUUGGUACAAAUUGAUGAUGAUAUGGAAUGUGGCACCUCAAUUCAUUAUAGACAGCGUCGUGGAACAAUCAGAUCUGAAAUAUUCAAUAAUUCAGAGAACUUGUUAAUUUUGCAACGGAAUUUGAUGGACAAAUUGUUAAAUGCUGUAGAAAAUCUCAAAUCAGAGACUGAAAGCUUUCAGAAAAUGUCGAAUGAAAACAAGAAAAUUAUUGCAUCAGACACGGAAUUCGAGAAAUACCUUAAUUCACAUGGGCAGUUUUUAUUUGAGCAAGUUGAAAUAUUAAAACAAAUUCAUCAAGCCACGAUCCAAUCAUUCUCAUCAAAUCAAAAUAAUAAGACUAUUAAAUCAUUCUCUACACCGACAAAAUCUAUUUUUCUCCCAUCGUCAACUCCGUACAAUAAUCCUAAGGAAAAGCCGAAGCUUAUGGUUGAUCCAAUUUUGGCAAACUCUAUUAAUGGAUACGAAUUAAACAAGUCGUAUGUUGCGAAAGACGAAGAAUAUUCCAUUAGUGAUAUAAGUACAUUCUUCCAAACGAAAAUACCGUCAAAACAACGCAGCAAUAAUAAUAAUAACGGUCUAAAGAGGAACGAUCUCGACCAAACUGAAAGUAAGAUUGAGAAUUUCAAAAGAUUAUUUGCAGAAGUUAAGGACAUAAUUGACGAUUCCUACAGUGAAAAUAUCGAACUCGCACGUACAACAGAAAAGUUUUCAAAAGCACUUGAUCAAAUACUAGAAGAUGAGGAAAAGAAGCGCAAACAAGACGUUCACUGAUAUUUACUGAAAAUUUUUGACAUUUUUAUAAUAAUUUAUGCAAACAUUGUCAUUUGAUUAUUUAAUUUCGUGUCUGUUUGAGUAUGUUGAGAUUAAAAAAUGUGCAUUGCGUAAUCACUUUUACGCUCUUCUGUGGAUUAUUUCGCAGAAUCCAGUUAAUCAACCCACAAAGAAGUAUUGUUUUAAAAUUCAAUUUUUAAUUUACCGAAAAAAAUCGUGCAUUGAGUAUUAUUGUUGGUUUUGGAACUGAUCAAAAUUUUUGGCACAUUAAUCUCAACACUCAAAAAUUUUAGCUUUUAAUCAAAAUACAUUGCCUUAAAAACUUAGAAGUUAAGUUUAGAAAAUAUAAAAAAAAAGGUUGAGGAGCUUCCAAAAUCGUCAAUUUUAUAAUUGUCACGAGUGACUUAAAAGUCUAAAAUUAAUUUGAAGAAUUUUUAUGCACCAAAUUAAAUAUUAAGUUUGGAAAGUCAUUCCUUAUUUCAUGACAUGACAUUUUCAUGGAUUAUAUUAGUAAUAAAUGCACAA